AUGCACAAGGAAUUGGCAGCUUAUGGUAGUUUCCAUGGAAUGGCAACAGGAUCAAAAUAUUUUGGUGAGCCAGUCAUUUGGGGUGCUCUAGCUGGGACUAUGUGUCGCUUCGACGAUGGAAAUAGUGACACAAAAUCACUGUCGCGAUCGUCUACUGAAAGAUUGUUUUCGAGUUCGGAAUCGAGUUCUUCUGCAGAAGAUCAGGUUGCAGGUAACAAUUUGAUUGGUGACAUCCCUGGAUUUUGUAAACAGGAUGUUGUCAAACAAAAUCACGAAAGUUGUUUUAUGUCAGGAUUGAAUUCUAUCAACUCUCCUGAAAGUUCAAUAUCUGAUCAUACUGUCCAAGAAAGCUCCAUUAGUCCUGUGAAUUUCUUGGAAUCGUUUCCAACACUAAACCAAGCUCGAGUAUCUGAACCUCCUUCUCCAUCUUCCUUAUCAAACACAUCAAAAUUCCCAAACUUAACCUUGUUUUUGCAAGAACCAGCAGCCUCCUUGUUAGGUCCAUCCAAACAAGUUGUCAAUCAACUUGGCAAGGAUCAAAGAUGUGAACCUAUGCCAUUGUUUCCAAACACUUCGUUCUUCACGCCUCAACCUGGCCAAAUUCAUUGCCAACCGAGUAAUGAAUGGCUCAAAAUCAAUCAAAAUUUGGCAAACUAUUCCACCAAAGGAUUUAAUGACUACUGGCUUAGCACUACGAAGACACAGCCGAUGAAAUACACCGGCCGAAGAUUGCAGAACCUGCAGCAUCAGAAGCCUUCUUUUUCUUCAGCAUCAACGUCGCCGGGGAAGCUCUUCAGAGGAGUGAGGCAAAGGCACUGGGGCAAAUGGGUUGCAGAGAUUAGGUUACCGCGAAACCGGACGAGGGUUUGGUUAGGGACAUUCGACACAGCAGAAGAAGCUGCUAUUGCUUAUGACACAGCAGCUUACAUGUUACGAGGAGAUUACGCGCAUUUGAAUUUCCCAGAUCUUAAGCACCAACUUAAGGCCAAUUCAUUGAACCGGACCACAGCUGCCCUUCUUGAAGCAAAGUUACAAGCAAUAUCACAAGCCAAUAACAUUUCUGGUCAAAAGAAGCACAGUAACGAUCCACUACCAACAUCACCAAAUAAGAUUGUACACGACAUGAAUGCAACAAAACUCAAAGGUUUGAGCCAAAACACCACAAGAAAAGAGUGGCAGUUUGAGUUGGAAAGCAAAAUUGGAUGUCAUGAAGUGAUUCAUGAUCAGACCAAGAAAGGUCAAGAGGCUGUAGCAUCUGAUGUUGAUGCUGUUCAGUUAAGUAGAAUGCCUUCCUUGGACAUGGACAUGAUCUGGGAUGCCCUUUUAGUCUCUGAUUCAUAA